AUCUCAGUUCCGCGUUAUCCUCGUUCGUGUGUGCUCUUCGCAAAGUCAGAAAGCAACGGAUUUUUUUUUGGUGUGUUGUUGCUCUUGUGUAUUUCUGAUACCCAAUCGACCGACCGACCGACCCGCUGGAGUAUGAUGUGCAUGGUCAGUGCCAGUUUGUAGGAUGUGGAUUCCGUUUUAUUGACUCGCUUUGGGCGUACGGCAAACAAGCAAGCAGGCAAGCAAAAAAAAUUGGCUACUGAAAUGUGGAGGUUCGAAGUAAUUGAGUCGAUGAUUAGCCGCGAGUAGGGUGGGUGGAUUUAGGACGACGGCCAAGCUCGGCUUCUGGUGCACUGGGUUACGGUGUUAGUAAGGUCGGAGGAUUCUAACUCAUCGUUCGAUCGUUUCAACGGAAGUGGAUUAAGUAAUUAUCGCUCUUGGCGGUGUGAAGCACUGGAACAUGAACAGAGACCGCGUAGCGUAGCGAAGGCCCUGAUUGGUGAAGUAGGAAAUUAAUGAUAAUGAUGAUGUGUGGCGUGAUUUAAUGCCGGUGCUGGUGUUGGUGCUGCUGCUGCAAUCGAAGGAAAUAUGUAAUUGCAUUUCCGUCAUUUAAUUCCCUUCGACGUUGCCACCAACCGGAUGCAACACCUUCCCCUCCCUUUCCCGUCGUCAAACCAACCAAACCAAACCAAAGCGAGCAAUCCGUGAAUAGUCCGAAUAAAGACGAAAUUUGCAUAUAAUUAUAGCCGUGUGUCUAUGUGGGAGUGUGGAAGUGUGGGCUGGUUGUGAAAAUGGCACAAAAAUGAAUAAAAUUCUGAAACGUCGACAAUUACGUAAAGUGCUAGCCGUCACAAGUUGCGGUGGCGGCGGCAGUCCUACGGGAAAAUAAUCGCAUCGCAUCGCAAACAAUAACGGUUCGAUUUGCUUUAACGAAUCUCAGUAGGCGGAUGCGACGACUAUACAAAUAUCGACAAUAUUCCGGAAAAGGUAGAGACAGUAGUUUCUGACAGACGAGAGAAAACGGAACCAGAACGAACGAAGGAAGAGUGCGAAACACACAAUUGAAAUUCAUUAGUGCCGGGGGUUGUGUGUGUGUGUGUGUGUGGCGGUUUGUCUUCCUGCAAGAGCCGAUAGUGGUGUAUCCGUCAAGACAAGGCUAUCAAACUGUUUUGGGGCCGGCCGAAGAAUGGCGAAAUGACGGAAGAAUCAGAGAAGAUUCUUGGAUUAACAGCAAAUAGUGCGCGAAUAGAAGGACGAGGUGGUCGAAAAGACGCGGUAGUGGCGGUCGUGCAGGAGUCGGUAGUGUUUGUGAUUGUUUGCAAUACGACAGGCUAGAGGACCGACGGCCGGAUCGUUCUCGUCGUCGUCGUCGUCAUCGUCAUCAUCAUCAUUCAAGUAGGCGGUGGUUGAGAGGUUGAGCCUGAAGGGAUUGGCUUUAGCGCAGUGUUUUGUGUGAAAGAGGAGGAAAUCAUCAAGAAUUAGCUGCUAGUGGGUUUUGGCUGGUGGUGGUGCUAGUAGCAGUAGUAGUAGUAGUAGUAGUAAUCGUACCAGGCAGUGAUAGAAGCAUCGUGUGAAGCUGAAAGCAAUAACAAAGGAAGAAAACCUAUAGAGAAAAGAAGCAGCAUGAUGAGCUUCCGUAGAGCCAGCGCUAAUCUGGGAUUCAUUUUCUGUGGAUUAAUUUUCGCGUCGUUCGACGGCUGUUCGUGCACCAGAAUUUUCGAUAUCGAAAGCAUUCCGUUGGUGCGGUACGUGGCAGUGGCAGGACGAAACGUGAUUCUCAGCUGUCCGGGAGUGAACGAGCAUUCGCUGGUCGAUUCGCUGAUCUGGAGGACGACCCAGACGGUGGCGGAGUACAUGAACGGGGUGCCGCUGGUUAGCAAUCAGAGGAUAACGCUGCUACCUGACAAUUUUAGUCUCCACAUCAGGCCAACCACGGCCUCGGAUACGGCCGAGUACAGCUGCCUGGUGAACGACCGGCACAGCCCGGAAGCCAUCGUAGAUUUAUUAGUCCAAGACGUUCCGGAACCGCCGGGUCGGCCGCUUGUGCUGAGCUUCACGUCACGUUCGGUCCAUUUAUCGUGGGCCCACUCACAGGAUCCGAGGAAUGCACCCGUUGCCAAUUUUAUCAUCGAAACAAGAGUCGGCGAGAACGGAGACUGGGACGAGGUGGCUCCAAUCAAAACCAAGGACAAUAGCACCUCGUAUCAGGUGAGCGGUCUGUUGCCGUUCACCGUGUACAGCUUCCGAGUGAUUGCGAUCAACGAACUGGGCCGGAGCCCACCGUCCAAGGAGUCGUACUAUUUUGUCACACUGCGAGAAGCACCAACGGGCAAACCGGUGACGACCAUCGCCCACAACACGAGCGCCUCGUCGCUGUACAUCUCGUGGAAGCCACCGCCACCGGAUACCAUCCUGGGGGAAUUUCUCGGCUAUCGGAUCACGUACCGUACCCGGGACCGCAAUCCAGACGACGUCAAGGAAAUUUACAUCCGCGACAGCUCCGUAGAGAGCCACGAAAUUCACAACCUCGAAACGUACACCCAGUAUCUGGUUUCGAUCCAAGUGUUCAAUCCGGAAGGACUGGGCCCGCCAACCACGGUUCUCGUUAUGACGGACGAGGGAGUUCCCAGUAGACCACGCAAUCUCAGCAUUCUGGAGGUGACUUCCACCACGAUUCGCAUCAGCUGGCAGGAACCGGAACGUAAGAAUGGUGUAAUCCACGGCUAUCGGGUUUACUACGUGUACCAAAACCAGACACUGUUGCACCUGCCGAUUCUGAAGAGUGAUGCCCUGCAGAACUCGGCCUACCACUACAUCCUGUCCACAUUGAAACCAUUCACCGAUUACCGUAUCAUAGUGGCCGCGUUCAGUUUGAAGUACGACGGUGAACCGGCCGAGGUCACCAUCCGAACCGACAUCGCCGGUCCCAGCGCUCCGCGGUUCAUCAAUUUGACCUGCUACUCCGAGGAUGCCCUGUUUCUGGCUUGGCGCAUCCCGCAGCACUUUUACAAUUCCGUCAAUCAUUACAUCGUUAGCUACCGGAACAUGGACUACACCCGGUCCCGUGAGAUUCGCAUUUCCGCCAACGCAUCCAUCAUGGAAACGUCCGUGGUGCUGCAGAAUUUGACCACGGAUUCCAGCUACGAGCUGAAGGUUCGGGCAGCUUCCAUCAGUGUCAUCAAUCCGAACAAGGUUAUUCUGGGUCCGUAUUCGGACUUGAGAAAGAUUAUGCUCCAUGCCAACUGCGAUCAGCAGCAACCUCCCUCACUUUAUCACAACUACGCCGACUACGAUCUGAUCGUGCUGGCCGGAGCUGUCAUCUGUUGUUUCGGUCUACUGUUGAUCAUCUUGGCCAUCGUCCUCUGGAAAAAAUGUUUCAACACCAACUACACCCACGAGACGGAUCCGGUGCACGGCGAUCAGAAGGCAGCCCAGCAGCAGACGCAGACGCAGAUCGACUGGAAGGACACCAACGGGGUCAUCCAGACGACGGUGCCGGUGACGAAGAUCCUGCAGAACGGUAACCAUCGCCAUCUGGCCAUCGACGGGGACUGAUAAAGGGCCACCGGGGGCACCACCGACGACUGCAACAACGGGAUGGGUGCUGAAUGGUGGCCGCUAGAACAGCUCCGACUGCCUCCGGAUGUUGCGUCCCACCAUCGGUCCGGCCGUUCCGUGCUGUUCCACGUUCCGGACCUGGAAGUGAUGAUCAACCCGGAGGCCUGAGUGCGAGGCCCCGAUUAGGAUGGGGUCCCCACUUUGUUUCUGUUUUCCUCCAUUUGUACAGUGUAGUGAAAUAUUGCGCCCAAUACUGAAAAAACCAAUGAUGAUGAUGUGCGUGUGUGUGAGAGAGAGAGAGAGAAUCUUCUGGCUUACGUGUAAAACAAACCAAAAAAAAAAUUGUGUAGCAUUCCCGGAAGCGAAAUCGUUGCUAGUGGAGCUGGCUAACGCCAAUACUUUUUAUUUUAGAAAAUUUCAAAGAUGGCAGGCACGACCCAGCAGGCUUUGACUUCCGGAACCCAGACGGAAGACAACAGAACGAAAAGACAGAGACAAGCAAAAAAAAACGGAAGAUGUGUGAUAUUUUUAUACAUAUUUUCGGGGGUGUUAGGGGAAAAUUUCAAGAGAAAAAGAAACUGAUGCUAACUUGAAACUGAACAUAAAUUUUAAACCAAUGAAA